CCUAUUGAUUUCCGAAUUGGGUUCUUUUCCGGAGGGGAAUGUAUCUUCUUCCGGUUGAAUUACGCUCAUGAAUUUGCCAAAUCUGCUGUGUUCCUCCCCGCUAUGUCUUCGAGAUCAUAAAUGACAGUAGCCACCAAGCUAACGUGUCAAAGAUUUAGGCAAAGCUUUCUUUGCAAAUUCCGAGAUCGUCCUCUGUUGAUCGGAGGAGUGUUCAUUCGAUUUUUGUGCUGAAUGGGAAUCGGUCGGAAUCUACUGGAAGGCUUUGUAUGGUUGGAUCGGGAGGAGUGAGUCAGAGAGAUGCGGGUAAGUCAGAACCUUAUAGAGUUGUUCUUAAGCUUACUUAUUCAAAGAAUUCAAGUAAUUUUGGAAUUUUAGCUAGUGGGGUUUUGGAGAGCUUGGAUGACAAACAUUGUGUAAGUAAUUUUGAUCCAAUAUCGAUUUUGGGGAUGCGUGAUCAUGAUGAUGAAUAUGAGUUCCCUUUGAUUGAUAGUUAUAGGCAUUCAGAUACUUGGAGUGGGAAUGAUGAUGAUGGAGAGGAGAGUUUGCCUCUGAGUUCAAAGUGGGAGUUUGCUCUGUUAUCAGUAAACCAACUCUUACCUUUGAAUUGGAAUAUAGGAGUGAUUGCACCAAUGCCGGUUGUAGUCCUGUUUUUGAGGCAGAUUAGGUGUGUGGAUAAAGGGAAAAUGCAGAUUUUGUUGGCCUUUCGUAACUCCAGUACUUUUGGAAGCAGGAUGGUUCCUUUUCCUUUUGAUCCUAACACCACAUUGAUUGCUGAGGGAGCAUGGGAUAAGGAGGAGAAUAGGCUUUAUGGUGUUGCUUGUAGAAUUCUUAAUUUCACCCGUUCUACUGCUGAUGCUUUUGUUGGGGAUCGCUCUACCAAGUUCAGCUUGGGAUUUCGCAAGAUUUUGUCUUCGUGAAAAAGGGGUUUACUUGUUGGGCAAAUUUGGAGCAAUAGAACUGAGAAUGGUCCAAUUAACUUUGGUAGGAUUGGCUUCAGUAGUGUUAGUAGACAUUUAUCACUUGAUCUUCCUCCUGGGUUAAAAUAUGAGUAUGUGGAGAUUGAUGGUGCUAGAAAAUCUUGUGUUAACAAGAAUACUGCUAAACUCAAUAGGAAAAAAUGUCCUGAUGGGUAUUCAUCGGAAAUGAAUUUGACAUUUCAUUGAGGAACUUUAAAGGACAAACAGCCUGGGGUUAUGCAUCCCCACUAUUUGUGGGCAAACAGCUUUAUACAUACCAGCAUGAUAGGCUGUGGUCAGCCUGGAGGCCUGGACUUCACCUUAGCAAUAACAAUGGGAGCCCUUUGAACAUCAGCCACAACAUUACUUUUGUAUCUGGUUUUGCAUUUGGUGGUGAAAUUCCUGUAUCCAGAGAAGUUGAAAUUUCUGCUGAAGGAACAUUAUGUUAGAGAUACUUGUCUUCUGUGCAUGAUAGGCUACAUAGGAUAAACUAGUCAAAACUUGAUGAAAAAUCAGUCACUGGCUGCAAUAUUACAGUUACCUUACAAUUUUCUCUCCUAAAUGCGGCAGACAGUGAUCAUGUCAAGGGAGCAAUGGAAAGCAAAAGAUCCAAGUCAGAUCCUCUUUAUUUUGAACGGAUUGAUUUGUCUUCAAAAUCAAUAUACACUAGGCAAGCUACAAAAUCCAUUAGUUGAAACGGAUCUGGAGAUAACUAUUGUUCUGAUUUCUAAUACACUUGUGUGCGUCUUUGUGGGUUUGCAACUUUUUCUUGUGAAGAAACAUCCAGAUGUGCUCCCCUUCAUUUCUGUUAUGAUUCUCAUUGUCCUUACUUCGGGGCACAUGAUUCCGCUGUUCAAUUUUGAAGCCUUGUUUGUUAAGAACAAUAAUCUGUAGAGUGCUUUUCUUCAGAUUGGUGGACGGCUUGAAGUAAAUGAAACAAUUGUGAGGAU